AUGCCGUCGUUUCUGAGUUUCUUUUCUUCGCGGAAGCGGCAAAAAAACCCGCUGUCGCACCCGCCGAGCAGCCAGCGAUCUUCUCUCUCUUCUUCGGUGAAAGUGGGCGGUUGUUCGCCUUCAGCUUCAGGGUACGCGUUCCAUGCCGUCACGCAGCCGCCGGCCGCCCCCGCGGCUGACGGAGCGCGCGCCUCGACGCCGCAGACUGCAGCCUCCGCCUCGCCUUCGCCGAAGGAGCUCGACGGCGCGGAGGCCGAACGCGUCUCCGCGGCGCAGUCUCCGUGUGUUGCCUCGCCUCACGCGCCGGCGCAGCCUGCGAACGAAAGUCUCUGUUCUUCGUUGCCCUCCGGCGCCUCACCCGCUGCGACUCUGGGGGAGGAUAGCCGGCGCGCAGGCCGCGGGCCGCAGCCAGAUGAGUCCUCGCUUCGCGCCCAUCCACCUGGGAUGCGCGCCUCGCGCUCGGCCGCCUCCUUCUUCUCGCUGCUGCGGGGCAGCAAGAUGGCGGCCGCCUCAGUCGCUUCUCACAGCCGUCCUGCGCUCAGCGCGAUGCAGUGUGCAGACAAGGAGAUGCAUGUGAAGCAUCUUUCCUCGACUUCUUCGAGCGCUUCGCGGACUCGCGCCCACAGCCAGCAGUUGCAGGCGUGGAUACGCGAGUCUUCUCCCCGACCGCCUGCGCACCCUGCGCCUCUGUGCGCGAGCCUGAGGAACGGAGUCCUCUUCCCGAUUCUCGGUCUGGGGACUUACCGCCUCCACGGCGAAGAGUGCAUGGCCGUCGUCGAGCGCGCCGUCUCGCUUCGACAGUUCAUGCUCAUCGACACCGCCAGCGUCUACCGGAACGAAGAAGAAGUCGGAAAAGCUCUCCGAGACGCCGGCGCUCGCGGCUUUCCGUGGCAGCUGUACUUGCGAGACGACUGCGAGAUGAACAUUCGGUGCCGCAGAGAAGCGAGCAAUUUAGGCGUUUUUUUGACUUCGAAAAUCAGUCCGAAAGACGUCGCGGGCGGCAGAGAGCGAGCCUACGAGGCGGCCCUCAUGUCCAUGAAGCGGCUCGGCGUCGAACAACUCGACCUCUACCUCAUUCACUGGCCUGGGGUGCGAGGCCACAAGAGCUCGAGCCGCGAAAACAGGCGGCUUCGCCACGAGUGCUGGCAGGCGCUGGAGCAGCUGUACAAAGAGAAGAAGGUGCGCGCCAUUGGGGUGUCGAAUUUUCUAGUUCGGCAUUUGGAAGAUCUGCUGGAAGACGGCGUCGAGGUCGUUCCCAUGGUGAAUCAAAUUGAAUUCCAGCCACUCUGUUUCGACAGAGACUUGCUCAAGUGGGGUGAGAAGCAUGGCAUGAGGAUUCAGGCCUACGCAUCGCUCGGCUCUGGGGAUCCUCGGCUUCUGCGCAACCCAACAGUGUUGGCGAUUGCGGUGGAGUGCGGCGUGACUCCGGCGCUGGUUUUGCUGCGUUGGGCGCUGCAGCAUGGAUGUCAUGUCAUUCCUUGCAGUCGGAGGGAGACGCACUUGAUUGAAGACAGCCAUGUAUUUGACUUUUGCCUCAACGACGAACAGAUGACGCUCCUGGACCGCCUCUGCGACAACACACAUUUCUGCUGGGAUCCAAACAUCAUCGCCUGAACUGGUGGGGAGAAGCGGAGCAGACGCGAAGCCGGCGCGGCGGCUCCGCGCGACCGCAGAGGCCGCAGAGACGGUGGAGGCGGUGGAGGCGGAAGGGACGAGAGGUGGAGGGGAGAGAAGGAAGAGCGGAGAGAGGACUGAACAGAGCGAGAGAAGCGAGAGAAGAGGAACGCCACAUAUCGAUAGAGAGGUAGAGGGAGGAGUAGACAGAGAUAAUAGACAGAGAUAGACAGAGAUAAACGGAGAUAGAGUGGGGGAAAUACGAGAGGAGAGGAGUGGAAGGAGAGAGAACGACCAGGAUGGAAAUGGAGGGAGAAGAGAGCCAUGGAGAGAAAGAAGAGGAGGGAGAGCCGGGAGAGUGAAGAGAGGAUGGAGCAUGUCGGAGGGAGUAUUUGCACUACGGGGUCGACUGCAGGUUUCUUUCUUGAAUGUCUUGGUUUACUGGAGUUCCAAGUUCGACGACGCUUUUCGUGACUACCAUGAUGAGCGCGUUAAGGUUUUUCGGAAAGGCGCGGGAAGUUUCGAGAUGAGAGUCACAGCGUUCCGGAAUUGCGCGAAAGACUCGCGGAAAAGAACGCCGAGGGAGACGAGACUGCGGUAGAAGGGAGAGACACUGGCUGGCGCAACUCCAAGGCGUCUCCUAAAUGUCCCUCGUCAGUCAACAACGAGGCUGAAACAGUCGCGGGAUCUUUGUGGCGCCGCUG